AUGCUUUCAAAGGUUUCGGCACGUCAUUUCAAAAGCGUUGCGCUGGCCAAAAGGCUAUAUGCCACCAGUCAAGCAAGCGCAAACCAGAUUUUGGUGUCCAAACGUGUGCAAGACGUGGAUCCGGAAAUGCACGACAUUUUGACUAAAGAACGUCACAGACAGAAGCAUUCGGUAACGCUGAUUCCAAGUGAGAACUUCACAUCCAAGUCCGUUAUGGACCUGCUUGGCUCAGAGAUGCAAAACAAGUAUUCGGAGGGCUAUCCAUCAGAGCGUUAUUACGGUGGAAACCAAUUCAUUGACCAGGCCGAGUCUUUGUGCCAAAAAAGAGCGCUUGAGCUUUACGGUCUGGACCCUGCUAAAUGGGGGGUCAAUGUGCAGCCUUUGAGUGGCGCGCCUGCCAACUUGUACGCUUACUCUGCGGUCAUGGACGUCAAUGAUCGUUUGAUGGGUUUGGACUUGCCUCAUGGCGGUCAUUUGUCUCACGGGUACCAAUUGGCCAGUGGAACCAAGAUUUCUUACAUUUCCAAAUAUUUUCAGACCAUGCCUUACCAUGUUAAUGUACAAACAGGUCACAUCGACUACGAUACGUUGUCGCAGACUUCGAAAUUGUUCAGACCAAAAGUGAUCGUGGCAGGAACCUCUGCAUACGCCAGACUCAUCGACUACAAACGCUUCAGAGAGAUUUCUGAUGCAUGUGGUGCCUACUUGUUGAGCGACAUGGCCCACAUCUCUGGUCUUGUGGCGGCCGGUGUUAUCCCUUCUCCUUUUGAAUAUUCUGACAUCGUAACAACUACUACCCAUAAGUCUUUGAGAGGUCCUAGAGGAGCUAUGAUUUUCUACAGAAAAGGUGUUCGUAAGGUUACUAAAAAGGGCAAGGAAGUGUUGUAUGAUCUUGACAAAAAGAUCAAUUUCUCGGUUUUUCCUGGCCACCAAGGUGGUCCUCACAACCACACCAUAUCUGCUCUAGCCGUUGCGCUAAAGCAGGCGGCCUCUCCUGAAUUCAAAGACUAUCAAAAAGCUAUUGUGGAAAACGCCAAAAUUUUUGGCGAUGCUCUCCUCAAGCGUGGCUUUCAAUUGGUUUCCGGCGGUACUGACAACCAUUUGAUUUUGAUCGACCUGUCUAACAUCGGCACUGACGGUGCACGGCUAGAGACUAUUCUGGAAAAGAUAAACAUUGCCGCCAACAAAAACACAGUCCCAGGUGACAAAUCCGCUCUGUUCCCCUCAGGUCUGAGAUUGGGUACUCCCGCAAUGACCACAAGAGGCUUCGGUACUGAGGAAUUCGAAAAAGUGGCCGAAUAUAUCGAUCGUGCGACAAAAAUGGCGAUCGGUUUGCAAUCCCAGGAACCCGCAGAUGCUAAGGAUGCCAGAAGCAAGCUAGCCAACUUCAAAAAACUCUGCGAGGAAAGCGAUGAUGUUAAAGCUUUGGCAGAAGAAGUUUCUCAAUGGGUUGGAACAUACCCUGUUCCCGGUGAACUCUGA